UUUGGAAAUAAAACAUCCUUGGCCUAUAUAUAGAGGAAUCAUGAGAUUCACUUCUCUUUACCCUUCUUUCCGUGCUGCUACGUCCAGUACGUGCAGCUACAGGGAACACCAUUGCUCCAUGGGAAAGAAGCUUGGAGGAAGUUCAUGGCUGACUGCAAUUAAAAAUGCCUUCAGGUCUCCAAUCAAAGAAACCAGCAGCAUUGACUCAAAGAGUAGCAGGAGGAGAGAUCAGCAUGAACUUGAAGAAGAUGAAGAAAAGCAGCAAAAGAGAGAAAAGAGAAGAAGAUGGUUGUUUAGGAAACCCCAUACUCAGCAGUCAACUGAAGUCAUAGCUGGUAAUAAAGAGUCAAUGCAUGCCAUUACUAAGCAUCGCUUCACCAGGCCUUCAAGCAGGCAGCAGCAACACUUUGCAGCAGUUUCCAUUCAAACUGCCUUCAGGGGCUAUCUGGCGAGGAGAGCUCUAUUGGCACUGAAGGGGAUUGUUAAACUUCAAGCAUUGAUUAGGGGCCAGAAUGUGCGAAAGCAAGCAAAGAUGACACUGAAAUGCAUGCAGGCUCUGCUCCGAGUGCAGGCUCGGGUUCGUGAUCAGCGUGCCCGCCUUUCACAUGACGGGGGCGGCCGGAAAUCAAUGUUUUCCGAAGCUGCACCCGUCAAUCUAUUAUCUUGCACAUCUAUGCAUCCUCCCGAAAGGAGGAGGCAGAAGUCAUUGUCCAGAGAUGGAAGUUCGAUUGCGGAUGAUUGGAGGGACUGCCCGAAAACACUUGAAGAGGUAGAAGCAUUGUUGCAAGCAAGAAAGGAGGAGGUAACCUUCAUACAAAGAUCCCAGCUACUUCAUGCUGUCCCCCAACAGGGAUGGAGCUCAGAGAUGGAAUAUGAGGUAGAUGAAAAAGAACAAGAAAAGGAAAGAGCAAAUUGGCUGGAAGAAUGGAUGUCAUCCAAACAAUGGAACAGCAUAAACAGAGCUUCAACUGAAAGAAGAGAUCACAUAAAGACGGUCGAAAUCGACACAUGUUCACCAUAUUCUUAUACGGUUUCGAGUCCUACUACUAGAAGAAGAUCACAACACCACAAGCAAUCGCCUUCCCCUCCCUGCUACCAGAGAACAUCUUCACUUUACGGUGUACCCCACACUAUGCAACAUCCAUCAACUCCUUCCCCCUGUAAGCCUAAACAGCUGCAAAUCCGAUCAUCAAGCCCGCUGAGACGUCUCGACAAAAGCUACUCAACUGCUAACACCCCGUGCCUGCGCACCCCAAGCGCCCGCAUUGCAUCCCGCUACAGCACAUCCUCAAAUGAGGUGUCUGUCCCAGUGCCUAACUACAUGGCUGCCACUGAAUCUGCAAAAGCCCGUAUCCGGUCACAAAGCGCGCCCAGACAGAGGCCUUCCACGCCAGAGAGGGAGCGCGGUGGAUCGGCAAAGAAACGAUUGUCUUACCUGAUACCAGAGUCGUCUCCUCUUAUUAAUGUCGAAACCACCUAUGGUCGGAAUCUAAGAAGUCCCAGCUUCAAAAGUGUUCAAGCAGGUUAUGUGGGGAUGGAGAACUACUCAUCAACCUACUCCUGUCAAACAUAUAGUAUUGGUGGGGAAAUUUCUCCUUCUUCAACUACUGAUCUUUAAAAAAGGUGGCUAAGAUGAAUGAAGUAGGAACAUUUGAGUUCCUAAGAUUGUCACUUGAUGGUCAGGAUGGAAGUAAUGAGUUCAGGCCUUGUUGUUUCCUUGAUUUAGGCAUUAUGGAGAAGUGAUGAUAGUAAUUGAGAGAAAAAGGAGCAAUGAAAUCCCAAACUCCUUAAUUUUAUUUGCUCAUUGUAUUCUAGCCCAAUGUAGAAAUGAACUUUCAAGGUGUAUUUGCCAAUUAAUUGCUCACCAUAUAUUCCCCCUUGCAGAUGUAAAGUAAUGUCACAGUUGAUUAAAUUAUUCACAACCACUUUCUA